AUGGGUAUAGUAUCAGUAUGGUUGUAUCAUAGAGACAAUCCGGGUAAGAAAGUAGCAGUGUAUGCCCUACUCGACAAUGCCAGUGGCAGCACCUUUAUCAAACAAGAAACCUUGAGAAAAUUGGGAGUGAAAGGAAGUGAUACAAGGCUCCAAUUAACGACCAUGCAUGGCACAAGGGAGGUGGAAACUAAAGCGGUUGAAGGCUUGGUUGCAGAACAUUUUCAAUAUGAUCAUAUCAGUGUCCGCUUACCCAGAACAUACGAGCGACAACAAAUUCCAGCAGAUCGAGAUGAGAUUCCGCGACCAAAUCAGAUAGGUAAAUGGUCCCAUCUGAAGGAGGUGGCGGAGCGAAUUCCAGCGUAUAUGGAGAACAUCGAAGUAGCGAUUCUAAUUGGCCUAAACUGUCCAAGCGCACUAAGACCACGAGAUGUUUUUCAUGGUAAUGAUGAGGAACCUUACGCGGUGAAAUCAUUGUUAGGAUGGCACAUCAAUGGCCCGGUGAAUCAGAACACUAGCAAGUCAGUAUCGUGCAACAGGAUUCUCGUGAGUAUGGGCAGUUUUGGCAGUCAAGCAAGAGCGUGCGUUACCAUCCAGAGAGAUGUCAAAGAGAUUAUUUCUCCUAACGCGGUGAAAGAAAUGUUUGAGAUAGAGUUUGCUGAACGUGAACGUGGAAAGGGUUUAUCUCAAGAUGACCUCAAGUUCUUAGAGAAAGCUAAAGAAGGAAUACAUCAUUGUGAAGACAUGCAUUACGAGAUGCCUCUGCCCUUUAAAAACGAUGAUGUACAGUUACCAAAUAACCGACCUGCAGCCGAGCAACGCCUUCGUGGCCUAAGAAAGAAACUUCAGAAUGAUGAACAGUAUCGUACGGACUAUUUAAGUUUUAUGAAUGAAAUUAUCAAGAAAGGUUAUGCACGAAAGAUUGAUCAAAGGGAACAACCAGUGAAAGAAGGAAGAGUGUGGUACAUACCCCACCACGGUGUGUAUCACCCACAUAAACCAGGAAAGAUCAGGGUUGUCUUUGACUGCUCGUCACGUUAUCUCGGAGAAUCAUUGAACGACCAUUUAUUGCAAGGGCCAGACCUCACGAGCAAACUUAUCGGAGUCCUAACCCGAUUUCGACAAGAAAAGGUAGCAUUUACUGCUGACAUCGAACAGAUGUUCUACCAAGUGAAGGUGAGAGAAGAAGAUCAAGAUUUCUUACGGUUCUUAUGGUGGCCCAGUGGAAACCUUACCAUGGAGCCAGAAGAGUACUGCAUGACAGUGCAUUUAUUCGGGGCUGCAUCCUCCCCUGAUUGUGCUAAUUAUGCGCUUAAACGUAUGGCGGACGACAAUGAAGACCAACUUGGAACUAAAGCGGCAGAUACCCUUCGUCGAAACUUCUAUGUGGACGAUAGUUUAAAAUCAACACCCACGGUGGAUGAAACUGUCGGCCUUGUAAAGGAUGUCCAAGAAAUGUGUUGUAAGGGAGGUUUUAAUCUCACCAAGUUCAUAAGCAAUAGUGUCGAAGUAAAUCAGUCAAUUCCCUUGAAGGAUCGAGCAAAGAAUAUAAAGGAACUUGAACUUGGUCAAGACAGGCUACCUAUUGAACGGACACUAGGAGUGCUUUGGUGCGUAGAAUCAGAUAGUCUUAAAUUUAGAAUUGAGUUAAAGGAUGUACCAUGCACGAGAAGAGGAAUCCGAGAAGAGGAUAAAUGGGAGAAAUGGAGAAAUGAACUUCAUUUACUCGAGCAACUAGCUGUUCCACGAAGCUUCAAACCAAGAGACUUUAGAAAGGUUGUGUCUAGGCAACUCCACAGCUUAUCUGAUGCAUCGAAGAUAGGUUAUGGCCAAGCUUCGUAUCUUCGCUUAACCGAUGAAAAUGGUCGAAUACACUGCUCAUUUGUUGCUGGCAAGGCAAAAGUUACACCACAGAAAACAGUGAGCAUUCCUAGGCUGGAACUAGCCGCAGCAACCGUAUCUGUCAGAGUGGCUGAGAUGCUAAAAGAUGAAUUAGAUUACGAGGACGUAGACAAUUUCUACUGGACAGAUAGCGAAGUAGUAUUUGGCUUUAUCAACAACGAAUCCAAAAGGUUUCACGUCUAUGUCGCUAAUCGCGUGCAACUAAUACGCGAUCACACAGCUCCUGAAAAGUGGAAGCAUGUUGCCACGGCAGCCAACUCAGCGGACGAAGCUUCCAGAGGUACGACAGCGAAAGCGUUUCUAGAGAAAUCGAAAUACGUGCGAAAGUUGAAAGAAAGGGUUAGAAACGGAAGCAGUACGCCAUCGCCAAUCAGCGUGAAUGACCUAAAGAACGCAGAGGUGGUAAUCAUCAAGUGGAUGCAGCACGAUGCCUAUUCGGAAGAAAUCGAACUGUUACAGCAAAUUCAAGUAACUAAUGGCCUCAAAGAUCGAGAGUUUGCCAAGAAGAAGAAGGCUAUGACGAAAGCAACUUGUAGCAUUUACAGGCUAGACCCCUUUUUGGAUCAGGAUGUAAUUUUAAAAGUCGGAGAAAGACUUAACCGAGCAAAUCUGAGUAAGGACAUUAAACAUCCCAUCAUCCUUCCAAAGAAAUGCCAUCUGACGAUCUUAAUUAUUCGAUAUUUUCAUGCCAAGGUCCAACAUAGUGGUAGAGGAAUCACCCUGAAUGAACUGCGCACAAAUGGCUAUUGGGUAGUAAACGGAAACGCAGCUGUUCGAUCGGUUUUGGCUAAGUGUGUUACUUGUAGAUAUCUGCGCGGAUCCGUAGGCGAACAAAAGAUGGCAAACCUACCUGAAUCACGACUGGAACCUGCUCCACCUUUCACAUAUUGCGCGGUCGAUUAUUUUGGACCAUUAUUAAUAGGACAGGGACGCAAAGAAGUUAAACGGUACGGAUCUCUCUUUAUGUGUCUCGCAAGUCGGGCUGUGCAUAUCGAGGUGUCCGAUUCGCUUGACACAGAUUCGUUUUUGCAAGCCUUGAGAAGAUUUAUUUCGCGAAGAGGACCUGUGCAAGAAAUCAGAAGUGAUCAAGGAACUAACUUUGUCGGUGCGGGACAAUGA